CGACGAAGAGGGCGACUCGAACGGAUAAGCCCCUCAAACACGCCGGCAGGGUCGUUUGAUGUGUCCUCAACCGAAUGUAUCUUCGUCUUGGCCUCGUCUUACGCUGUCCGCCCCAGCUCAAGCCCUUGCGCUUGUCUGCUUCGCGGGGCGCCUCGCUGCUCUCUCUCAUCAUUUCCCUGGUCAUUUCGGCUCCGCAAGUCCAUACCCUGUCAGCUAUAUCGAUACGCUACGUACAGUUGUGCCCGCGUGGCUCGCGGCCAGCGCGGGAUGCUGCGGGGCAAGAUGCUUGGCCCCGCUCUCUUCGUGGUGAGCGGCACCCUGGCGUCCGCCGUCAGCACGCGGUCGCGGGCCGCCGCCCAGGCCAUGGCAAACGUCGCUUCCGACGGCUGCGCCGGCGAGGGAGUCACCACCACCCCGCUGCUAAUCUACGCCAGCAUGGACAGGGGCAACAAGCUCUAUAGCCUGCGGGGUGGAGCCAGCAAGGAUAUCCUGGAUUCGGCGGAGCCCGACAACCAGCAGGAGGAGCUGAUGUCAGGGGACGAUCUGAUGACGGAGUCUGGGAACAAGACGGGCGACGACAAGAACGAGACCCCCAUCAGCCCGCUCUGCCUCGCGCUGUUCAGGUCGCUCAGGGGCACUGACGACAACCACAAGCUCAAUUUCUGCAUCAACCAGCACAAGGAGGCCGCCAGCAGCUUCGCGCAGGCGAAGUCGCUCUGGUUCGACGCCACUGAGAAGAGCCGGGAGCAGAGGCUCGGGGUCGCGUAUCCGCUCGGGCGCGGAGCCCUGCCGAAGGAUGGGGGUCCAGGGAAGCGAGGGGCACGGAUUGAAGUGCCGAGGAGGGCCGAGCUCGGUGCGACGGGCGAGCAGCGUCGACGCUGGCCGAGCUGCGAUCGGCUCGCCGAUGGGCUUCUGGGCGGUCGGGGGGACUCUAGCUGAGGUCGCUCUUUCGCUCUUGUUUUUGUUGUUGUGUGUGUUUGUGUGUGUCUCUCUCUCACUCUCUCCCUCUCCUGAGUU